GCGGCGGGAGUGUUGGGGGUGGUGAUGGUGCUGGUGCUGGUGGUGUUGAUCCCGGUGUUGGUGAACAGCGCGGGCGGAGCGGCGCAUUAUGAGAUGCUGGGCAGCUGCCGCAUGGUGUGUGACCCGUACGGCACGCGCUCUCCGAGCAGCACCGCUCCAGCGCACGCGCUCCCGGAGAAUGCGCUGGUCCAGUCUUUACCCACCUUCAUCCAGGGUCCGAAAGGAGAGCCGGGACGUCCGGGGAAAAUCGGCUCCAGGGGUCCACCGGGUGAGCCGGGCGCACCAGGUCCUCCGGGACCACCUGGAGAGCGAGGAGAACCGGGCAGAGCGGGGCCCCCGGGACUUCCAGGACCCCCUGGCCCCAGCUCCACGGGGGCCAUCAGCGCCGCCACCUACAGCACCGUGCCCAAGAUCGCCUUUUACGCGGGGCUCAAGAAGCAGCACGAGGGAUACGAGCUGCUCAAGUUCGACGACGUGGUGACGAAUCUGGGCAACCACUAUGACCCAACCAGCGGCAAGUUCACCUGCUCCAUCCCGGGAAUCUACUACUUCACCUACCACGUGCUGAUGCGCGGCGGGGACGGCACGAGCAUGUGGGCGGACCUGUGCAAGAACAACCAGGUGCGGGCCAGUGCCAUCGCGCAGGAUGCUGACCAGAACUAUGACUAUGCCAGUAACUCGGUGGUGCUGCACCUGGAGCCAGGAGACGAGGUUUACAUCAAACUGGAUGGAGGGAAGGCCCACGGAGGAAACAACAACAAGUACAGCACCUUCUCUGGGUUCAUCAUCUAUGCUGACUGA